AUGGGAAUCGGCUUGUGUUGUGCCGGAAUUGGCCGACUCAUUACGAUGUUGAUUGGAAGCUCGGCUGCAAAUAGGCAGUACUGCUUGCUUAUGCCCUGGAGCAUGAUAGGAGUAUGGUCUGAGCCAUUAUCGGCGAUUGCAAUUUUGAUGGUGAGCACAGAUCGUCUGAUUGCAAUUGCAGCACCAAUUAUUUUCUAUUUUGGAUCUGUAUGCUUGUCCUCUAUAGUUGGAUAUAUUUUAUCAUUCGAUGAUACGGAAACAAUCAUGUCAAACCUAUGCUGGACAGGAGAAGUUUUGAAACCGGUUCAUGCCGAAAUCGUAAUGCUGAUAAUGAUUUUUGCGCCGUUAUUAGGUGUUAUCUUGUAUGGAGUUGUUUUCUUGCUGACAAGAAAACAAAUUAGCCGCAUAAAAAGCGUUCAGCGUGAUGAAACAUCGUUACGGGUAUUUACUCAGCGCCAACGCAAGCUUACUGUGACAAUGGGUAUCUCAUGUGCUUUCACUCUUUUCUUUUACGUGCUGCCGGUGUGCCUUAAGUAUAUCAAUGUUACUCACGAUUACACGCCAGCCACAUUUUCCUAUCCGGAUUAUGUUCGGAUUGCUGUUGCAAUUAGCUGUAAUCUGAAUCCGUUGACGAAUAUUGCUGCAAUCUUGAUCCGGCAUGAGGAUAUUGCGUGCUGCGUAAUGAAAAUGUUCCCCGGAAGCAUCCAGAAAUGCUUUGCUCGUUAUGCGCAUAUGCCGAGUGUUGCGCAUACUUCCACUUGUCUUGAUCAGUACGACGCUGAACAUGGAAAAUCGGCAUGGGCUGGCCCGGGCCCGAAUUACGGCAGAUUUGUCGCAUUAGGGCGGCAAACGCGAACGGUAUACAUAGCGACCAGACGAAACUAA